AUGAAAAUGAAAUAUAACGGGGAAGUUAGAUUCGACUUCGUAACAGAGUUCAAAGAGUAUAAAUAUGGUGUGUUAAUGAAGAUAGAGUAUCACAAUUCUUACAACCUUCUAACUACCAAAACGACAGCUUCUUCAGCUAUACCUGAAUUCAAAAUGAACAAGAUCUUCGCCGUCGUUCUCUGUUUGGCUUUCGCCUCCAUGACCUUGGCUGGUAACCCCCUAAUGAUGGGUGGUUUAGGAAUGAUGAACCCCUACAUGAUGGGUAUGAUGAACCCCUAUAUGAUGGGUAUGAUGAACCCCUACAUGAUGGGUAUGGGAGGUUUAGGUAUGAUGGGAAUGAUGAACCCCUACAUGAUGGGAUAUGGUGGACUCGGUAUGCUCGGUGGUUACGGUAUGAUGGGCGGUCUUGGAAUGAUGGGUAAAAAAUAAGG